GUGCUAAUGAGGUCAGUGAGACAGGAAAAUAAUGCUGAAACUGGCUGUGUGGCAUACGUGAUAUGAUAGCUGUUUUGUUUUGAUGUGGACGUGGAGUCAGGGGCAAAGUGUGGGCUUGAAAUGGACGAUAUCAUCCCUCCGCUCAAGAUGGCCUCUGAAGAAGAAGAAGACCAUCCUGAGGAGGAGGAGGAGGAGACUGUGCCUAAGGAGCUGAUCGACAACUCCCCAGCUUUCCUCUGCAGCGUCUCCAACCUGCUGGUUACCUCCCAGUUCAGUGACAUCACCCUGAAGGUGGGAAACCGGGUAUUCCAAGUGCACAAACUGUUCCUCGUCAACGCUAGCGACGUCUUCAGAGUCAUGCUGACCCACGACAACUGGGUGGAGGCUCAGCAGAAAGUCAUCGAGCUGAAGGAGGAUCCAAAAUGCGAGGCUGUGUUCGCUGAGUUCCUGCACUACAUGUACUCUGGACAGAUCUACAUGAACAUGGAGACGGUGCUCCCCAUCUUGGUCCUGGCUGAUAAGUACAAUGUGACAAACUUGAAGGAUCUGUGUGUGAACUUCAUGACGCAGCACCUGGCUGCAGACAGUAACAGCACGCACGCCGUGUCGUGGUUCCAGCAGGCUCACAUGUUCCACCACAAGAACCUGGAGGAGAAGUGUCACAAGUUCAUCGUCUGGAACAUGGAGACGGUCAUCAAGUCCCCCGACUGGCUCAACUGGGGCAAGAAACCACUGCUGACUCUCCUGCAGAGUUCGGACAUUGUUAUCCAAGACGAGUUCAGCCUGUACGUCGCAGUGGAGGCCUGGAUUCGUGAAGAGUGCGGUCCUAACUUGGGGAGAGCGAAAGACUUGCUGACUGAGUUCCUACCACAUAUCCGCUUCCCCAUGAUGACCCCCCAGCAGCUGCUGCAGCUGGAGAGCACACAGUUCGCUCAGCAAUAUCCAGACCUCUACACCAAUGAGAUCAGUGAAGCCUUCCGAUAUCACGCCCUUCCCCGCUCGGACAGACCACACAACCAGCUUCAGCACAUCAAGUACGGGUGUCGGAAUUACACGGACAAUCAGUUCAGCGCAGGCCUGGUUACCGAGGACUAUUCGUCCAUGCCUACCUGCGAACUACGGACUCUGGAGUUUGAAACUAAGAAGAGCAACUCUAAUGCAGAUGUGGACAAGUGGGGCUGGGUUGUGGAAUUCUACCCUAAGGGGGUACGGUGGGAGGGGUGUUACAUGCACAGCUGGGUCCGCAUGCAGUUUGUGGAGCCGAAGGAGAGCUGUGAGGUCCGCUUCAUCCUGCGGUCAACGGACGCGGAAACUCGUAACGUGGAGGUUGCAAUACUGAUCUGCGGACAUCAGAGGGGGGUGGAGUAUGUAGAGCAGGUGGUCCAGCGCAGAUUUCUCUUCAAUGCUGAGAACAGAAUCAUGUUGCUAAAUAACAUCAUCCCUAUUCAGGAACUCAGCUCCCCUGACUCACACUACCUGGUCAAUGACAGUCUCAAGCUGCAGAUUGUUCUUAAGCCUCACUGAGCAUGUGCAACAGUACAUGUACAUUCUCUCAACUGUACAUACUGCCAUGUGAAGUUAACAAAAUUAUUCAUGUCCCUCAUUCAGUAUCUAUUCUCAUUUGCAAAACUUAAAUUAGACAACAAACUAAGGGACGCAAAUAGUUCAUUCCAACUGUAGCAUCUUUUGUAAAUGAAUGAAUUAAGUACUGUACCUCUGAACUAUGAAAUUUUACAAAUACUUAGAUUUAUGUUAUUAGAUGUAUGUUAAUGAUAAUUUUAGCAUGUAUCAGAAGUUAAAAGCACAAAACAAAAUGCUUUACAUAAUAAAAUCAAUGAAAGGUAUGAAUGAGGGGUAUGAAUGGUUUUAUUGUUAACUGUAACCUCUAAUGAUAUAGUACAAUCAUGUCUCUGUGAAGAGUGAUGAAAUGAACAACUUCACUUCAUCAUUGCAUGUAUGGUUGUAACAAAUGUGAAAUUAUAAGAUAAAGUUUAUUGAAGGUGGGAUAUAUAUGAAGAAAGUUCAAAAUAAUGCAUGAGUUAUGGUAGAGUAUACAUGUACAAAGUAUCUUCUAGAGUAACAAAGAUAUCAAGCUUUUGCAACAAAGGGCUCAAUUCUAUUGAUAGAAUGAAUGCCUUUCAAUAGGGUGAUAGUUAUAUGCAAUGUUGUCAUUUCUGUUGCAGUGAUGAAAUGUAAAAAUGAAGAGCAGGACUUAUCUAAGGAAACAGCAAUAUUCAAAUGAUAAAAAAGCUAUGCGUAAUAUAUACAAACAUAAAUAAUGCCUGUGGCUAUGAUACUUUGUAAUCAUUUUGGAUCAUACAUGUAGCACAACUGCCUUUGAUAUCAUAUCAAUAUCAAAAUGUGAUGUUUCAUACAGAGUGCCUGUAAGUAACGCUUCUACACACAUAUCAAAACACCAGUUGGAAGAUCUCAUAAUCU